AUGGCCUCCCGGGCUAACAGCAAGAUGAUCAGAAAAACCACCGAACAACUUGACGGGAGGCUACGAGUACAACAACUUAAACCCGCAGGCUCGUCAGCCCCACGCAUCACCUCAAGGCAAGCCACGGAAUUCGAGAACGAAGAAGAUUCGGAUAAGGAACCUGAAUAUCAGCACGACCCCCUGACUGAACAACAAAUCCUCCGUCUCACCAGCAACUAG